AUGGAUAAUAUGCGCGGAAGGGGCAAGAGGGCGAUUUGCUUCCGCUCAGCAUUCCAGCUCCUGGGGUUUAGUCGUUCAGAAGUCCCUCAGCCACGCAUUUCUCAGUCACCGUUCUCGAGCUGCACGAGUAAACGGAGCCGUUAUCUCCGCGGUGGGUAUAAAGGCGUGUCGUUCUCGAGUGGUGGAAUCCAACUUCCAACAGACUAUCCCCACAAGCUAUCCCACAAACCCACCCACACACACUAUCCGACACUCCCUUCUACGCCCGCAGUCACCCAACCCACUCCAGGCACGCACACUUCCUAUCCUACCUUCCCUUACACCCACAUCCUAUCUCCAAACCCACACCCUCGUCCCUUCAAAGAGAUGAAAUUCAACCUCCCACUUAAUUCUGCGUUCGCAGGACUUUUGGCGAUGAUCAUGGUAUCGUCUGCCUUGACCUCCGUCAACGCGGCCGCCGUCUCCCUCGACGCCCUCGACGUCCCUGACAGCCUCAUUCAUGGGCAGCCAGAUGUCGAUGCCUUGACUGCCGCCACCAUGGAGGGCCCCACUCCUGACGAGGACAACAUCCUUGUCCCUCGUACCCCCAAGCCCCAAUGCAGGAGGCUGUUCUGCAUUUGA